AUGUCGCACUACGCUCUUCGCCGAGCACAAACAGACAAUCAGUGCGGAUUUCCUCAGCGACAGACCUCAGCGGCGUCCACCGCUUCCUCCGCCUACUCCGGGGCGUCUAGUGCUUUUCUCCCCAGCCGUACAAGUACCGUCACUUCCACCAACUCCAGUAUCUACUCGAGAGGCUCUCCAGGUCACAAACGAGCAAACACAGUCACAGAAGAAAUGACGCCCACCAGGACUUACGGUGGGAGCAGCAGCGUGGAAAACAGUCCUGACCAUGUCUAUCGCAAUGUUCGUCAAAGUCUACGUCCACUUCCUCAAGGCCCGUCGCCAAAGUCAACACCCAACGCCCGCCGACCGAGCGCCUACCAUGUCCGAGCUCACACCAUCGACCGGUUCCCUCAGAGUUUUUCCGAAGAUCCAUUCGUCGACAAGCAUCUACAUGAGCAUCAUCAAGAGACGCAUCAGGCCAAGACUCAUACCCAUCAAAAUUCACUGAAUCCGCACCCAAACACAUUCAAAGCUCCCGAUCUACGAGAACUACAGAAAUCUUCUACGACCCAUCUGAAAACCUUGUCAAAGUUUGCACAAAAUGGUGAUGCCGAAGAGUUUGGGAUUGCAGCCCCUGGCCAAUCUGUCAUUGGACUACAUAAUCGGAGACAAUUGAAACGCACAGACUCCGUUGCAGCAGGUGCCCGGUUGGUGGCCAAGAGUUACGGCUGGGGUGAAAGGAAUUGGAUGGAUAAACAACGGCAGUUCUUACAGGCUUACGAAUAUCUCUGUCACAUCGGCGAGGCUAAAGAGUGGAUCGAAGACAUUAUCAAUAAGCCAAUUCCGCCUAUCGUACAACUGGAGGAGGCUCUGCGCGACGGGGUCACAUUAGCGGAAAUAGUUCAAGCAUUCCAUCCCGACCAAGUCCUCAAGAUCUUCCGCCAUCCGAAAUUGCAGUUCAAACACUCAGACAAUAUUGUCUUGUUCUUUCGGUUCCUCGAGGACGUGGGUCUGCCGGACCUCUUCCGCUUCGAGCUGAUCGAUCUGUACGAAAAGAAAAACAUACCGAAAGUUAUCUACUGCGUUCACGCUUUGUCAUGGCUCCUUUACCGCAAAGGCAUGGUUGAUUUCCGAAUCGGGAACCUUGUUGGCCAGCUCGAAUUCGAGCAUCAUGAAUUGGAACAGACACAACGAGGCCUCGACAAGGCCGGAGUCAGCAUGCCGAGCUUUUCAGGCAUGGGUGCAAGCUUCGGCGAGCCGGAGCCGGAGCCGGAGCCAGUGGAGACUGAAGAUGAAAGAAUAGACAGAGAAUUGCGUGAGCAAGAGGAGAUCAUCUCAGACUUUCAAAAUCAGAUCCGUGGCGCGUUGGUCAGAUUACGGCUAGGCGACAUGAUGCAGCAGCUUUGGGACACUGAGGACUUCAUCGUCGACAUCCAGUCACGCGUCCGCGGCGAUUGGGCCAGACAGAUUGCAGAUUACAGGCUCCAUAUGCAACGUUUCGCCACUAAUCUCCAGGCUGGGAGUCGCGGAUUUCUGGCGAGAUUGCGACAGGAGGAAAAGGCGCAACAAUGGAGGUCCAGGGAAAAGGAAGUGCUCAAGCUACAAAGUCUCUUCAGGGCAGGCCACGUUCGUGCUCAAACGCGUGCUAUCAAGUCGGAAGUGCGAACCCAUGAAGCUGGUAUUCGCAAUCUGCAAGCUGCUAUUCGAGGAGCAAUCUCUAGGCGGGACGCAUUCGACCAGUACGAGGCUACCAGAACAGUCGAGAAAGAAAUCAUAUUGCUGCAAGCCAUCAUUCGUGGGAUGCUCACCCGAGUGGAACUUCAGGACGAUCAUCAGUUGCUGGAAAAGCAAAGCUAUGCGAUCACCAAAGUUCAAGCGGGCGCAAGGUCAUUACUUGCAAGAAUAACUCAAGAUAAAAUCAAGCAGUGCCUACUUAACUCGUCGCUUGGAUGGGUCUCAUUACAAGCCACCGGCCGAGCUGGUCAAGUCCGUUCCAAGCUUGCGUCCCUAAAGCAAUCCAUGAGAUCGCAGUCAGCUUCCAUCAGCAACUUUCAAGCAAUCCUCAGAGGCGCAAAUGCAAGGGAAACUUAUAGCUCGCUGAAGCUUUCUCUACUGCAGCAAUCGACCAGUACUAUCCCUUUGCAGGCUGCAAUCCGGGGCUUCAUUGCGCGGAAUCAGCUGCAAAAACAGCAACAAGCCCUGGAAAGGCAUGCAGCCAAGUUCACCCAAGUUCAAGCAGUUUCUCGCGGAGCACUUCUCCGCAUCCAGACCGGAGAAUUACUCAAAGAACUUCGCGAGAAGCAGAACGAAGUAGUUCAACUACAAGCCCUCAUUCGUGCCAUGCUCUGCCGUAAUCGUGUUGGGAACUUGCUAAGCGAGUUGGAAGUACACGAGGAGUCCAUCACCGAACUGCAGGCCUUUGUGAGAGCAGCCGCUAUCCGCUCGCGAUUUGCAGAGAAGAAGCGCUACUUUAAAGAGAACAUGAAAAAGGUGAUCAAGAUUCAAAGCGUUGUUCGGGCAAAGAUUCAAGGAAAGGCAUAUAAAAGCCUCACUGCCGGAAAGAAUCCUCCUGUGGGAACGCUGAAAGGUUUCGUUCAUCUUUUGAACGACAGUGAUUUCGACUUUGAAGAGGAGGUAGAAUUCGAGCGGCUUCGCAAGACCGUGGUACAGCACGUCCGUCAGAAUGAGCUUGCGGAUCAGUACAUCACCCAGCUGGACAUCAAGAUUGCUCUGUUAGUGAAGAACAAGAUUACGCUGGACGAAGUUGUUAAACACCAACGACAUUUUGGCGGCCACGUCGGCGCCCUCCUUCCCAACUCAGACAUUGCCUCCAAAGACCCGUUCGACCUAAAAGCGCUCAACAAGGCCUCUCGCCGGAAAUUGGAGCAUUACCAGGAACUUUUUUUCCUGCUUCAGACGCAGCCUCAGUAUCUGUCGAGGCUGUUGAGACGUAUCAGAGAGCAGGCCACAGCAGAAAAGGAGUGCGACCGGGUCAAACAUCUAGUCAUGGGUAUUUUUGGUUACGCUCAAAAGCGAAGGGAAGAAUAUUAUCUCGUCAAACUGAUUGCGCGGUCCAUCAAAGAAGAAGUCGACUGUGCCAUAUCUCUGCAAGAUUAUCUCCGAACAAAUUCAUUUUCCAACAAGCUAUUCGGAGCAUACAGUAAAUCGCCUCGCGAUCGGAAGUUCUUGAGAGACAUUCUCGGCCCGCUCGUCAAAGAGAAUAUCAUUGACAACGCUGUGCUUGAUCUUGAAAGUGACCCGCUUCAGAUCUAUGUUUCUGCCAUCAACAACGAAGAACUGAGAACGGGUCGACGAAGCCAGAGAGACCCUAACGUACCAAGAGAGGUGGCAAUUCGAGAUCCGGAGACUAGAGCAACGUUUAUUGCCCACAUGCAGGAUCUGCGAGACAUCACAGAUCAGUUCUUCCUUUGCAUAGAAGACUGUCUGCAACGGAUGCCCUUCGGUGUCCGGUUUGUUGCCCAGCAGACAUACGAGCAUCUCGUUGCACGAUUCCCCGGCGAAGAAACUGAUUCUGUCCUUCAGCUUGUGGGCCAGUGGCUAUGGCGUCACUAUCUUCAACCUGCUCUUCUGGAGCCCGAGAAGUUUGGUGUGGCCGAUCGAGCGAUGACUCAAGAACAGAAACGUAACCUCGGUGAGAUAGCAAAAGUGUUGACCCAGGCCGCUUCAGGUCGCGAAUUUGGCGGUGAUAAUGUCUAUCUCCAACCCCUGAACAACUAUGUGCGCGAGUCUAUCGGACGGUUUGCUGCCAUUUGGAGUCAUGUCAUAUCAAUACCACCAGCAGAGGAGUCCUACGACAUUGACGAGUUCAACGACCUGUAUGCAAAGACAAAGCCGACCCUGUAUAUCAAAAUGGCCGAUAUUUUCUCGAUCCACAAACUGUUGUCCCAAGAGAUUAGUUCCAUUUGUCCGAAUCAGGACGAUGUUCUCCGUGACAUCCUGAGAGAAUUGGGUAGCGUCCAGAGCAAUGAAAGCGAACUCAGGGGUGUCAGCUCCAGUGAAAUCAGUCUAACACUAAACCCCAAACUAUUGAACUCGGAAGAUCCAGACGCGGAUGUAAAGGCUCUCUUGACCGAGACCAAGCGAUGCGUCCUCUAUAUCAUCCGAAUCCAGUCAGGCACCAAUCUCCUCGAGAUAUUGGUCAAGCCAAUCGCUCCAGAAGACGAGGAGAAAUGGGAGACUCUGGUCAAUGACGAACUCCGCGCUGGCAAUGGACGUCGUGGUGCUUAUACCGACAUCAACAACCACCUCGACAUCAGUGCCCUCUCGUACCCCGACCUCAAGCGUAUUGCUUUGGAAAAUAUCUUACAGCUCGAGUCUAUUGGUCGCUUGACACGCUCCAAUCAGUAUCAAGACCUUCUCAACGCCAUUGCUAUUGAUAUCCGCACCAAGCACCGUCGAAGACUGCAACGACAGCGUGAACUCGAGAACGUGAAGACCACUCUGCAACGACUUAAUGAGCAAGCAUUGUAUCUCGAGCAGCAGUUGAAGACCUACAAUGACUACAUUGAACAAGCCAUGGUUACUCUGCAGAACAAGAAGAGCAAGAAACGGUUUGUUAUGCCCUUUAGCAAACAGUGGGAACACGAACGCGAACUGCAACGUUCUGGGCGAUCCUUCAAAUUUGGUUCCUACAAGUACUCUGCACGGACUCUGGCAGAUAAGGGAGUCCUCGUCCGCUGGCGCGGAUACCAUGAACGGCAAUGGGACCGAGUGGAUUUGACAUUCUCUUCAAAUGAGGUCGGGGUGUUCACUAUUGACGGCAGCUCAGGGAACAUGAUGAUCCCUGGAGCAAACGCUCAAGUGCCGCUCGACGAUCUUUUACAGGCACAGUUCAACAACACGCAAUUCAUGGAGUUCUUUGAAGGAGCGCUGCGAGUCAAUGUCAACUUAUUCUUGCAUCUGAUUAUGAAAAAGUUUUAUAAUGAAUGA